AGCCCGGGGAAGAGUGCGGCCAGGCGCCGGCGGAAGGGAGAGGGACCUGCCGAGGGUUCCCGCCGAGCCCCGAGGGACGUCGCAAUCCCGCUGCCCACGGCGCGACCUCCCCCAUUGUCCCCAGGCGCGCGGUUCCCAAAUUGGGAGGGAAACGGCCCGCGGGUGGACCCGGGCCGCAGCGGCCGCGCCGUGCGGGCGGGGAGCCCGUAGGUCCGUGGGCGCGUCUUCGGCGGUGCUCCCCACUCCUCCGGGCGGUUAGGGGCGCAGGGCCGCCCCUCGCUGCCGGGGCGCUUCGCGGGCUCGUCUUUGUCUCCCGAUGCCCGGCGCCUGACAUCUCUCCGGACGGCGAGCGAGGGAAUCUGGAAAAGUUUUGAGCAAAACAUCAUUUCUCUAAGAAAAUUUUGGAUAACAGAAGUUCUGGAUAACAGGGCAAACCACCUCAGUCACCAUGAGUUGGAGCUUCCUGACUCGCCUACUAGAGGAGAUCCACAACCAUUCAACGUUUGUGGGGAAGAUCUGGCUCACUGUACUGAUUGUCUUCCGGAUUGUCCUUACAGCUGUAGGAGGAGAAUCCAUCUAUUACGACGAGCAAAGCAAAUUUGUGUGCAACACAGAGCAGCCAGGCUGCGAGAACGUGUGCUAUGAUGCCUUUGCACCCCUCUCCCAUGUGCGCUUCUGGGUGUUUCAGAUCAUCUUGGUGGCGACCCCCUCAGUGAUGUACCUGGGCUAUGCCAUUCAUAAAAUUGCCAAGAGGGAGCAUGGUGAAACUGACAAGAAGGCGGCUCAGAGCAAGCCUUAUGCAAUGCGCUGGAAACAGCACCGGGCUCUGGAAGAAACAGAAGAGGAUCAUGAAGAGGAUCCCAUGAUGUAUCCAGAGAUGGAAUUAGAAAGUGAAAAAGAAAAUAAAGAGCAGAACCAACCUAAACCCAAGCAUGAUGGCCGACAGCGGAUUCGGGAGGAUGGACUCAUGAAAAUCUAUGUGCUGCAGUUGCUGGCAAGGACCGUGUUUGAGGUGGGCUUUCUAAUAGGGCAGUAUUUUCUGUAUGGUUUCCAAGUCCACCCAUUUUAUGUGUGCAGCAGACUGCCUUGCCCUCAUAAGAUAGACUGCUUUAUUUCUAGACCCACUGAAAAGACCAUCUUCCUUCUGAUAAUGUAUGGUGUUACAGGCGUCUGCCUAGUGCUUAACAUUUGGGAGAUGCUUCAUUUAGGCUUUGGGACAAUUCGAGACUCACUAAAUAGUAAAAGGAGGGAAGUGGAAGAUCCGGGUGCUUAUAAUUAUCCUUUCACUUGGAAUACACCAUCUGCUCCCCCUGGCUAUAACAUUGCUGUCAAACCAGAUCAAAUCCAGUAUACUGAACUGUCCAAUGCUAAGAUUGCCUACAAGCAAAACAAGGCCAACAUCGCUCAGGAACAGCAGUAUGGCAGCCGUGAGGAGAACCUCCCAGCUGACCUGGAGACUCUGCAGCGGGAGAUCAGGAUGGCUCAGGAGCACUUGGAUAUAGUAAUUCAGACCUACAGCCACCAAAACAACCCACCUGGUCCCCGGGGGAAAACCAAAGUGGGGUCCAAAGCUGGGUCCAACAAAAGCAGUGCUAGUAGCAAAUCGGGGGAUGGGAAGACCUCUGUCUGGAUUUAAUCUUGACUGGGCUUAAAACUUGUGCUCUUCAUAGUCUGUGGUAAGCAGCGGCUCACUGAAUAAUGACUUCCAUUGAGCAAACAUUUGGCUCUGGUUAUCUUCAGGGAUGCUGUUGGCUCAGGAUCCAAGCUCAGGGGACUCUGAAGGCGGGGCUGAGACAGUGGGGAGGAGAGGGAAACACAGUGUUCCUGGGCACAUGUUCCAGCAGUAAUACAGUUGCAGAACUUUACAUUUGUGUCUUCCAGAUCUGGAAAGAACAUAUAUUUAAAUCAUUCUUGUUGAACAGUUUUUGUAUGUACAGUAUUAUGGUACAUUUUUUUAGUAUGAAAACUUUUGUAUUUGUACAUUGGACUGCGUAGUUAUACUUUUAUAUUAAAGGGGAAAAAAUCCUUAAGGUAAUACCUAUUAGGCUAGUGUGAUUACUUUGUUCAGCAAUUCUACCGUGGGUUUGAAGUUUUAAUAGAUGCUACACCUAAUAAAAGUGCCUCUGGUGUUACAGGGAAGAUUUCAGAUGUGUAAGGAACUUGAGGAGGAAUCAGUUUUCAGUCUUGGAAAGAAAAUCUAUAGUAGAAGGAGGUUGAGAUCUUCUUUUCUUGAGAAAUCUUUGACUCUCAUUCAUGUGGCCACAGUAUCCAGUCUUUGAAAACCUAUUUGUAUUUGGAGAUAAAUGACUCACUGCAGGAUUCCUGUAAGUAUCCAGCAUUGCCAGUAUGUUUUGAUAUGCUGUCAUACAAUUUAAGUUCUUUCAAGAGGCUGAUACCCAUCCAGUAGCAGUGUGGAGACACUGGCUAGAAUUGUCACUAAGAUUCCUCAAUCACAAAGCAAAGCCACCCCUGGAAAAUGAGCCCUAAUAGGACCUGUUUGAUUUGCCUUAACUCUAUCCAGAAACCUGCCUCUCUGGUUUCUUAAGAAGCCAGUGAUGGAUAUUUUCUUCAUAUGUUAAUAUCAGAAAUAACAAAAAUUCCUUUGUAGGCUAAGAAUACUCAAAGCUACUUGUACUGCUUAUGGCAGAAGGCCUAAGUCCAAAUUCCUUACUUUUUUUAUAAUUUACCAUGGAACUUUUGUAAUUUACAU